ACGACGAAGUAUGAACUUGACACUCGGCGGCAGGAAAGUCAAAUCUUCGUAUUAAAUCGCCUUUUGAGUGUCUUUUAGGGGGGUAAAUAGAAAUUUAUGUGUGGUAUACUUCUAUGAGAUCCUGUUCACUUGAGUAAACAAGAUGAGUGAAGCUGACGCUGUAUUUAAGGGCAAGAUCCACUACUAUGGAAGAGAGCAGUAUUAUCAAGCAAUGCAAAAUGAAUCUGUGGCGGCAACAAAAAAGUUUGGCAACGAUCCUGUGUAUCGCUUCUACUCAGCAGUGUCGCAUCUUUUGCAAGGCCAGACACAGGAAGCGAUUAGACAGUUGCAACCAUUGCAGAAUGACCAAGAUGUCAUGCUGGGAACACUUCUUGCAUUGAUCUAUGCUCAUCGACACUGCCAAGUAGUUGACAAAGAAGCUGUUACUAUGUUGGAUGCUAAGCUCAAAGAAGAAAGAAAAAGGGCUCCAGAAUCUUGUUUGUAUUAUGCUGCCAUGUUCCUCCUUCUCUCUGGAAAAGUGGACAAAGCACGAGAAUAUAUUGAUCGCAUGUUGAAACUAAACCCUGAAGAUCUUGCUGGGCUCACAUUAAAAGGCUGGGUGGAGCUGUUUGCUGGUAGAGAGAGUAAAAUCAAAAACACACUCCAGUUGUUUGAGGCUGUACUUCAAAGGUCCCCAAAGAAUAUUGAUGCUCUCUUCGGAAAAGCAAAGUACUAUGAAAAUCGCAGUUCUUACAAAGAAUCCAUGGAAACUCUGAAUGUCCUUGUUGUUGCAUACCCUGAUUUCACCGGACCACUUGUAGAGAAGAUGAAGGUGUAUCUCUCAGAACAAGAAUGGGACCAGUCUAUGGAUGCAGCUACAAGAGUUCUUAGUGUAGACUCUCACAAUAUUGAAGCCUUGAAGCAUAAAACCUUGUAUGCACUGUGCCGCCAAGGUAACUAUGACGAAGCAGCUCAGGCACUUCGAGAUUUAUACAGUGAAAUGGAUAGGAGUGAGCCAAACAACGCAUCUCUUUUUGUUCAUAUGGCUCAGUUGUUUUCAAGAAUUUGUGGAAGAAAUCGUCUUGUGUUAGAAGAGACUUUCAUGAUGGCAAGCAAAGCUGCAAAAAUUGAUACAGGGAAUGCAGAAUACCUCACAGAAGUGGGUUAUCAGUGUCUAUUACAAGGUCGCAACAAGGAAGCCACUAAGUAUUACAAGAAUGCUACGAAAUUGGAUGAGUCAUCUGUGGCAGCUCUCACAGGGAUAAUCUCAUGUCAGCUGUUAGAGGGGCAGGUGGAUGUUGCAGAACAGCAGUUGGAAUUUUUGAAAGAGGUACAGCGGAGCCUCGGGGCAUCACCGGAUAUCCUUUACCUGUCUGCUGUUUUAGGGCGGAUGAAAAAUCAGAAUCCCGACACAAUAUUAGCUUUACUGACGGAAGCAAUUGACAACCACUUCAAGAACCAUCGAGGAAUGGCCUUUGGUUCCACAUACCUGGCGGCUCUGAAUCCUGACUUCUUGCUUCUCAUUGUCCAUGAAUGUCUCCUCUAUGCUCCAAAUCAGCCAAGUGAUACCGCAACGACAACUGAGGUGCCUCCUGUUGUGAAACGAGCAUUACUUGUACUGGAUGCCAUUACCCGUGCAUGUCCUGCCCUCCUUACUGCUCUUGUGCUCUCUGCUCGUACAAAGUUUGUUACUGGUGACGUGAAAGGAGCAUCAACAAUACUCCAGCAUGUGUUAGAUGAAAUUGAUUCAACAAGUUCUGAUGCACACUUGCUGAUGGCCCAGAUUCAGCUCCACCAAGGAAACUUCAAGCAAGCUCAGCAGAGCCUGGAAGUGGGACUCUCAUAUAACUUUGAGGUAAGAGAGCAACCAACAUACCACCUAGUUCGAGCAAGGGUUAUGAAAAAGCAGGGACAGUAUCAAGAAGCUAUCAAUACACUGAAAUCCUGUUUGAACCUUGCAAAUACCAGACCCACAACAACUAAAGGAAGCCGCAAUAAAGCUGAGCUGACUUUGCCUGACAGAGCAUCAGUAUUUUUAGAAUUAUGUGAUGCUUACCGGCUCAAUGACCAACCUAAUGAGGCAGCUAGUAUCAUGACACAGGCAAUGACGGAGUUUCAGGGAACUGGUGAAGAAAUCAGGCUAAAUAUUGCCAGUGCAGACUUGGCCUUAAUGCGUGGAGAUGUUGAACAUGCUCUUGCCAUGCUGCGAUCUAUUGGACCUGAUCAGCCGUACUACCUCGAAGCUAGAGACAAGAUGGCUAAUAUUUAUCUUAAUAAUCUCAAAGACAAGCGAAUGUUUGCUACUUGUUAUAGAGAAGUAGUUGAAAAGAAUCCAACGCCCCAGAGCUACUUAAUGUUGGGGGAUGCCUACAUGUCCAUUCAAGAACCUGAUCGUGCCAUUGAGGUUUAUGAACAGGCUCAGAAACGUAACCCAAGAGAUUCGGUGUUAGCAUGUCGCAUGGGCAUGGCACUCGUGAAGACGCAUCAGUAUGGAAAAGCUAUCAAUUAUUACAAGGAAGCAAUAAAGAGUGGAAGCAGUAACCAGUUACGAUAUGAUAUGGCUGAGCUGCAAAUGAGGCUGAAGCAGUAUGAUAAAUCAGAGAAGACCAUUAACCAGGCACUGGAAGUGGAAGCCAUCAAUCAUUCCAACCUUACUUCUAUGCUUACUCAAGCAAAGCUCCUCAACCUUCUUGCAAAGGUUCAUGAAAGGGCAGGUCAUUUUGAUCAAGCUCUUUCAACUCUUAGUAAGGCCAAGGAUGUGCAAGUAAAAGUCCUCAAGAGAGCACAGGUUGAGCUGCCAGACUCCGUAGCUGAGCAGAAGCAGUUAGCUGGCAGCAUGUGCAGCAAGAUGGCUGAACAUGCUGCAAACCAGCGUGAGUUUGAUCAAGCUAUUAGGUUGUACAAGGAAGCUCUUCAGUAUGAUCCAGAACAUGCUCCUACACUUCUGGCCUUAGCAAAGCUUUAUAUGCAGUCGGUAGAUGUCAGAGGCUAUCAGUAUAGAUUUGCAUCUAUGUCUUCAAUUAAUGACUUGGAUCAGUGUCAGUACACUUGCAUGACACUGCUGAGAAGUGACAAAGAAAAUGACAGUGCCACAGUCAUGAUGGCUGACUUGUCAUACCGACGAAAUGAGUAUGAUACAGCUAUGUUUCACUUCCAGCAGUUACUUGACAGGCGUCCAGCAUAUUUCCCAGCAUUAGCUCGUCUUGUAGAGGUUAUGCGACGAACUGGAACCUUAGAUGAGACAAAUCCAUAUCUUGAUCGGGCUGAGCAAGCUACCCUUAAGCCAUACAUGGACUCUGGUUUCAACUUCUGUAAAGGCUUAUAUGAAUGGUAUGUAGGAAAUCCCAAUGCCGCAUUGAAGUACUUCAAUAAAGCACGGAAGGAUCAAGAAUGGGGUCAAAGAGCAAUUUAUAACAUGAUUGAAAUUUGCCUGAAUCCAGAUAAUGACACCAUUGGAGGCGAGACUUUUGAAAGUGUGGACAGUGAAGUCAACCAGUCUGGUGCGAGAGACACUUUGGACAUGGCAAUUAGGACAGCAGAUAAACUCCUGAAGGAACUGAGUCCCAAACCUGGUGAUCAGCAAGUUUCUCAUCAGAUUCUAAGUAAUUUCCUCUUGUUGGCAACAAAGCAGAAGGCCAAUGCUGAGCGAGCACUGCAAGAUUUUAUGAACAUUGCCAGCCAAGAAAGUUACAAGAAUCAUGUUGGGGCCAUUCUUGGUAUGGCUACAGCAUACAUGAUAUUAAAGCAGACUCCACGUGCUCGAAAUCAGCUAAAGCGAGUAGCUAAAUCAAUUUGGAAUUUUGAGGAUGCAGAAUACCUGGAGAGAUGUUGGUUACUGUUGGCAGACAUAUAUGUGCAGACUGGAAAAUAUGACAUGGCUACAGACCUUCUCAAGCGUGUCUUACAGCACAACCGAUCUUGUAUGAAAGCUUAUGAAUAUAUGGGUUUCAUCAUGGAGAAGGAACAAAGUUAUCGGGAUGCUGCAUACAACUAUGAACAAGCUUGGAAGUUCAGUGGAAAUACAAAUCCAAUGAUAGGAUACAAGCUGGCAUUCAAUUACAUGAAAGCCAAAAGAUAUGUAGACGCAAUAGAUGUGUGUCAUACUGUUUUAAAUAAGCACCCUGAGUACCCAAGGAUACGCAAAGAUAUUCUGGAUAAAUCACGUGCAAGCAUUCGAGUUUAAAGGGAGAUAUUUGGAAACUCAAAAGAAGAAAAAAAUCCAGAUAUACUCGUUAGGGGUUAUUAGGAAUACUGAUGAAUAAGUCACUGAUAGAUCUGUAUAUGC